GUGUGUUUAAACACCUCUCAGUCUGGUCAGUUGUAGCAAUGAAUUUGGUGGAGACGUUUUGUAUGUUUUGUCCCUUCGAAUUUCAUGAGGUUCUAGUUGGAAUAAUUACUUUUAUUCUGGUAUGGAGUUGCAUACGACGGCCUACGAGGUACCCACCUGGGCCCAGAGGGGUCCCUAUUUUAGGGGUGCUUCCUUUUCUGAGCAAAUAUCCAGAACGUGAGUUUCUGGUUUGGAGCAAGCGUUACGGUUCGCUGCUUUCUGUCUCCAUUGCUUGGCAAAGGUGGAUUGUUCUGAAUGACUAUGACAUCACUAUGGAGGUACUUGUGAAAAAUCGUAUGAUUUUCAACAUGCGACCUGCUAUUAGAUUCUAUCAAGAAGCUUUAGAUCCGUUGGGCAUUGUGUUUUCUCCUGGUGGUGCAAUUUGGAAAGCACAUAGAACCUUUGGUACACGAGCUAUAAGAGCCAUCGGCCAGGAGAGAAUGGAAAAACUAAUAAUGACAGAAAUUGAUUAUUUUAUCGCUGAAUUGGAAAAACACAACAAGAAAAGUUUUGACAUUCAAGACACUCUGACACACUCGAUUGCCAACGUAAUGUGUAGAUUUACUCUCGGAGAAAGAUUCGAUUAUAAAGAUGUAAGAUUUAAGAAACUGGUUGGGUGUAUUAUACACGUAGGAAAAGUAACUAAAGACUGGAAAACAAUGUUUCUCACUCUGCUUUCUCCGCUAGCCCAUAUUUGGCCAUUUACUCGACAUGUGAACGAGUUUAAAAAUGCCAUGAAAACUUUUAACGACCAAAUUCGUAUAAUGGUUGAAGAACAACAAUCUUCAUUUAACGGAAUCGAAGUUCGAAACAUGAUCGAUGCUUAUCUAUUAAAGUCGCAAAGCUUUGUGUCUUGUAAUGAGAAGUACACGGUUGAGGAUAUUGUCGGAUUCUUCUCCGAUUUGUUCAUCGCUGGUACAGAAACCCUUUCUUCCCAACUACGAUGGGGUUUCCUUAUCAUGAUGCUUAACCCGGAAUGCCAAGAAAAUGUUAGGAAUGAAAUACACGCUGUCAUAGGAGGAAAUGGAAGAGCGCGGCUUUCAGAUCGCUACCGUAUGCCUUACACAUGCGCGGUGAUUCAAGAAAUAUUUCGUUUUCGAACGUUGGGAGCUUUGAGUCUUCCACGAACGAAUGUUGUUGACGUCGAGAUUGAAGGAUGUAAGAUUCCGAAAGGCUCGAAGGUUAUUUUAAACACUUGGGCAAUUCAUAAUGAUGAAAGAAAUUGGGAGAAUCCUCAGAAAUUCAUCCCAGAGCGACACUUGGACAAAGAUAAUUUUAUCAAUUCGAAAAAGGUUUUGCCGUUUAGUGUUGGGGCUCGUUCAUGUCUCGGUGAACAACUUGCCCGAGCAGAAAUCUUUUUUUUCUUUGUCGCCACUUUACAACAGUUUGAGCUCAAAUUUGAUCCGAACGCUCAAGUUCCCAGCUUAGAUGAUGCAUCCAACGGUGUUAUAUUUUCCCCGAAUCCUUAUACUAUGAUUGUCGAACGCAUAAACGAAGAUAGGAGUAACAAUAAUAACAAUUCUAAAGUCAUCUAACUUAGACGUGAUUUUAUAUACAUGCUGGUUUGUGUAGACAUGUUUAUUUUAUAUUAGAAUUCGUUGGUUUGUGAGGAUCAAAUAUUACUUUUCUAGUCUGCCUGAUGACCUAUAUGUCCAGCAUAAAAGGUGGCAGUAUUGAGCAAAGAAUCCUGAAUUUUUUUAUUAAGGUGUAAAUCAUAUAAAAUGUAAGCCAGCACAACGCUAGACAGAGUGUGUGUUUUUAAUAACGUGAUAUCUUGUAGAACUGUAAUGCUGCAAAUUUCUGCACAGUUAAAAUACGCCUUCGCAUAACGCUUUCAUAUUACACUUACAAUAAUAAACAAAAAUUAUACAA